GGUCGACCCGGUCCAAACACUCCCGACGGGAAACCUGCCUCGUCAUGACAACCCGGGGUCUGUCCGGAUCCACCGACGUCUCAAAUCGGUUCUGGACCGGCUGGUUCUGGUUCUCCUCUUGGAAUAAAAUUAAUAAAUAAAAUCACUCCAGAACCAGACCUGGAACCCGUCCGGAUCAUGUUCUGCAGGACCGGGUGAACGUUGGGGCUUCCACAAAGUUCUGAUCCGGGUGCUCGCCUUUACCGGUUCUGGAAAGGUUCUGUUCACCAUCAGCAGAUGGUGCUGAACUGAGCUCAGCCUCAGGAAAAGGUCCAAACCCAGAUGGGGUUCUGAUCCGAUUCUUCCAGAACAGGUUCUGCUGCUGGUCCAUGAAGUUCCACAUGGCCUCAGUGUUUCUCGACCAGUCAGAAACAAUCGGGCCUUGCGAGACCUGCUGACCCGGCAUUACCAGAACCAGGUGAGGACCAGAACCUGACUGAGAACAGGAACGUUAGAAGUCUUGGGUCAGAACCGAGCCCAUCUGGAUCUGAUCUCUGUUAAUAUCUGGAUUGCUUUGGAGAAGCUCGACCCAGAAGAACCAGAUCAUUUGGUUCUGCUCAGCCUUCCUGCGGUUUUGUCCAGACCGGAACCAGUCCUGGUUAAAACCCGUCCAGACGAGAACCGAACCAGACUGGAACGGUCCUGAUCGGAACCCGUCCGGACUAGAACCCGUCCGGAUCAGCAGGAAGGCGAGGCUGCAGUGUCGCCUUCAGGUCAGCAGGUGUCGCUCUCGGCUGGGAGAAGUUUUCACGGUUCGGAUCUUCAGAAAGCCGAACACCAGAACCGGACCCAACACCAGAAUAUAAAUAUUUGUUCUGAGCUGCAAAUUCGGAACUAAAGUCCAGAUAAACCGAACCUCCAGAACCGAGCAGAACAUUUCAGCGGUAGAAACGGGCCAGACUGGCUCCGAGCUUUUAUUUUGACGUCUUGCCCCGCUACGCCGGAAGUGUGCGUACGGCGGCUCGCAGGACUCGGUCCGCCUCCAGGUCAUCAUGGGAGACUCCGUGUGCGAAGAACUCGAGGACCUGGUUCACUUCUCCGUCCCAGACCUGCCCGCGAGAGGCUAUGUCGUGAUGGAGGAGAUCCGACGUCAAGGCAAGCUGUGUGACGUCACUCUGAAGAUCACAGCUGUUAAUGGAGCUGGAGGUGCGAUGGUUCUGUUCAGCGCUCACCGGAUCGUCCUGGCCGCCUCCAUCCCGUAUUUCCACGCCAUGUUCACCCACGACAUGGUGGAGCGCAAGCAGGACGAGAUCCUGAUGCAGGGCAUGGACCCCAGCGCCCUGGAGGCUCUCAUUAACUUCGCCUACGGCGGCCGCGUCGCCAUCGACCAGCAGAACGUCCAGGCGCUGCUGAUUGGCUCCAGCUUCCUGCAGCUGCAGAACGUGAAGGACGCCUGCUGCUCCUUCCUGCAGGAGAGGCUGCACCCCAAGAACUGCCUGGGCGUGCGUCAGUUCGCGGAGGCCAUGAUGUGCACGGCGCUGUACGACGCGGCCAACGGCUUCCUGCAGCGCCACUUUGUGGAGGCGGCGCUGUCCGAGGAGUUCCUGGCGCUGCGGGCCGAGGAGGUUCUGGAGCUGAUGGGCUGCGACGAGCUCAACGUCAAGGCCGAGGAGCAGGUGAGGCGGGCGGCGCUGGCUUGGGUCCACCACAACCGGGACCAGAGGAAGACUCUGCUGCCAGAGCUGCUGGCCAAGAUCCGACUUCCUCUCUGCCAGCCGCGCUUCCUGUCCGACCGCGUCCAGCAGGACGAGCUGAUUCGCUGCUGCCACAGGUGCAGGGACCUGGUGGAUGAGGCCAAAGACUUCCACCUGGUCCUGGAGCGCCGCCCUCACCUGCCCUCCUUUAAGACGCGGCCGCGGUGCUGCACCUCCGUCUCGGGGCUCAUCUACGCCGUGGGCGGCCUCAACAGCUCAGGUGACUCCUUGAACCUGGUGGAGGUGUUUGACCCGGUGGGGAACUUCUGGGAGCGCUGCCAGCCAAUGAGGACGGCCCGCAGUCGAGUGGGCGUGGCUGUCGUCAACGGCCUGCUGUACGCCAUCGGCGGAUACGACGGCCAAUCGCGGCUCAGCACGGUGGAGGUGUACAACCCGGAGACGGACGGCUGGACUCAGGUGUCCAGCAUGAACAGCCAGCGCAGCGCCAUGGGAACCGUGGUCAUCGACGGCCAUAUCUACGUCUGCGGCGGAUACGACGGGAAGUCCUCUCUGAACUCUGUGGAGUGUUACUCUCCAGAAACCGACAGGUGGAGCGUGGUGACGGAGAUGAGGAGUCGCAGCGCCACCGGCGUCACCGUGUUCGACGGGCGGAUCUUCGUGUCGGGCGGCCAUGACGGCCUGCAAAUCUUCAACACGGUGGAGUACUACAACCACCACACGGACCGCUGGCACCCGGCGCCGGCCAUGCUCAACAAGCGCUGCCGUCACGGCGCCGCCGCGCUCGGCAGCCACAUGUACGUCGCCGGAGGCUAUGACGGCUCCGGCUUCCUGAGCGGCGUGGAGGUGCUGUCCGGCGUGUCGGGCCAGUGGAGCCUCCUGGUGGCCAUGAACACGCGGCGCAGCCGGGUGUCGCUGGUGUCGACGGCGGGCCGGCUGUACGCCGUGGGCGGCUACGACGGCCAGUCCAACCUGAGCUCGGUGGAGAUGCUGAACCCCGACACCAACCGCUGGAUGUUCAUGGCGCCCAUGGCGUGUCACGAGGGCGGCGUCGGCGUCGGCUGCGUCCUGCUGCAACCCGCCUAAGAGGGGGCGGGGCCUCCGGCGCUGACCAGAGCUUCUCAGUAGGACGGAGAGGCUCGCCUCCUUCGGCAUUCUGGGAAAAACUCUAGAGCCUGCAGCAGCUGCUACGAUUAAUUACCGGCUUCUGAUUGGUCAGAGGGAAUCCCAUAGAGCUGCUAGCUGUAGCAACAGCACCUGGAGGGGCGGGGCUUCAUGACCUGCAGGGUGGAGUCACUGAGCCCACAGACGGAGGAGGCGGAGCUUCAGGCACAUCAGAUGGUGGAGGUGACAUCAUCAGCACCUGGUCAGGUGCUUCCAGGACGUUUCCAGGUGACAGACGCUGGUUUAGCAGCGCGUGCACAGCUCAGUGCGCGGCCGUGUUGUUCCGAUAAUUUAAUAUAAAUAAUUUAUUCAGGAUAAACGUGUUCAGUCCACUUUGUCUGUGACAUCAUACCAACAUCACACGACCAGCUUUAAUACAGUAAGAUAAACUUUGAUGCAUCGACGCCUAGAAAAUGAAAACGACUUUAGUGAAACUUUAUUGAACUGAAACAUUUCCAGACGUUUGUUUGUGAGCCUCCUGCUUUUCAUUAAAUACCAUUUCAGAUUUUCAGAACAUUGAAUUGCAGCGAUGCUCAGAUCUCCCUGCUGCUGGUGAAUCAUGACUGAAACAUUCACUCUUGAUCCAUUUUUGUUUUUUCUUUAUUUUGGUUAUUAAACGGUUUUUAAGCUUUGAUGUUAUUAUGGUCUCAAAAUUUAUCGUCCAGCUGAAUUCGUCAUGGUGACGCAUCGAUCAAUCGAUCGAUUGAUCGAUUGAUCUCAAUAUUAAAGCACUUUAUUCCUUCUGAA